AUGAAGUUCCUCUCUACGGUCGCCGUCGCUGGUGCCCUCUUCCUCGAGGCUGCCAAUGGACACUACAUCUUCCAGAAGCUCACAGCGAACGGCGUUCAGGGUGGAGUCUACCAAAACAUCCGCCAGAACACCAACAACAACUCGCCUGUCACCGACCUCGCCUCGGACGACCUCCGCUGCAACGUAGGAGGCGCCUCAGGAGCCUCCACAACGACUGUUUCCGUCGCGGCCGGCUCAACCGUCACAUUCACAGCCGACAUCGCUGUCUACCACCAAGGGCCCGUCUCCUUCUACCUCACCAAGGCCUCCUCCACCGCCGCCGCUUCCGACGGCUCGACUCCCUGGUUCAAGAUCAAGGAAAUUGGCCCAACUUUCUCCGGCAGCUCCUCCACCUGGGAUCUCGAGCAGUCGUACAGCGUCACCAUUCCGUCGUGUGUUCCUGCAGGCGAAUACCUCCUCCGCAUCGAGCAGCUCGCUAUCCACAACCCGUACCCCGGCGGCACGCCGCAGUUCUACAUCUCGUGCGCUCAGGUCAAGGUCACUGGUGGUGGCAGCAAGUCGUUCAGCGGUGUUUCGAUCCCGGGGCAUGUCAAGGUUACGGACCCUGGAUACACUGCCAACAUCUACAGCAACUUCAACAACUACACUGUUCCUGGACCGGCUGUGAGCCAGUGCUAG